UCGAACUGGGAGGUUGUGAGGAUGUCGCUCGCAUCGUAUUGGAAGCGCUAAAAAAUUUGAAAAAUAUUUUAAAACCGGGAUUGAAAUCGGACUGGUUGUAGUUAAUAUUUGUAUAUGAAUUUUUGUUCUUGUGUUUAACUAAGUGCUUCGCGUAUACUCGUAAUUGCGUGAAUUGAACUAUUGCCAUUCGCUAUUAUUGUUAUUUUGGUAAAUUACCUACAAAUGCGGAAAAAGCUAUAAAAAAUAAUUAAUUGUUAAGUUCACGGCAAAAACGAAGGCGAUAGUGUAUGUGACUGUGUGUGCGUUUUUGUAUGUUUAUACAUAUAUGUGCGAAUUAGUUUAACUACGGUCCAAUGGCGAAUUUUCGGCGGAAUCACUAACGCAAAGAGCGUGAUAUAUUAAAACAACCCCACAAUCAAAUUUAUUUGUUGCGGUUGAACACCUUCCAAAAUAAACUCCAUAUCAAUGUUGGGCGGAUAUAGUCGGACAACGUACCCAAUUUCCAACUCUUCCACUUUUCCACUCCAUUUCCAAACCCCCACAGCCGCAGUCGGCUCCUCCUUCUCCUACUCCUACUCCUGUCACCCGUUGUUGCCGUUGCAUAGUGGAAAAAAAUGUCUGAUGACACGAUUGUCGAUGCAAACGAUUGCAAAACAAGUGCAACAACACCAACAAGUGAAACUGUUGAACUAAUAAUCAAUGAUUUUAUUGAUAAGAUUAAAAGAAACGAGGACGUUAAUAACGCCAAGGACAAAGACAAAGACAAUCACAACCACAACGAGAACGACGACGAACCAUUGAAAAUUGUCGAAUCCUUUGAGAAGACAGUAGAAAGUGAAGAGAGCAACAUCAGCACCAGCAGUAACGUCGGGCCCAAGGCAAAAAAGUCGGUGACUUUCAAUCCAAAUGAUGAGAAAAUCAAGAAAUUUAUUACCGGUGAACCAAUCGUUGAUCAACGAAAUCCAUUUAAGAAUGCCGUCAUCCAACGAGAGCCCAAGAAGACGCCACCUCCUGUGCCAACGAAACGUUCCACUCUAAGUGUGCGUAAGACAGUGACGCAACAAUUACGGGAACGGGAGCGGGAAAAGGAGAAGGAAAAGGAGCGCGAAAGGGAACGUGAACAGCAAAAGAACGAAACUAAUGCAAGAAAGGUGAAGAAAAUUAAUGGAAAUGGAAGUGUAAAUGGUGGCACACCGGAUGAUUUUAUAACCACUGAAGAAGUACUUAAGCAAUCGAAAUAUGUUAAAACAUAUAUUAAGAAUCCGGAUCCAUACUUUGUAUACGAUCCCACGGUAUUGGCGCGAUUGAAAUACGAAGAGUUUCAAGAGAAGAUACCGAAACCAAAGCGUAAACAAACUCAAAACUCGCAACCCAGCAAGGCCCAAAGGUUAACUAAGAGUCAACAGCAGCAGCAGCAGCAAGAGGCUACAAAACUUCCAUUUAAAAAGUGCUCGAAGCCAAAUUAUCCAGAAUUGGCCAACAUUAAGAUAAGAACUGGUACCCCAAUCAAUGGUGACUACUUUAAUCCGGCCGAGGUGACAAAGAAUGCCAAAAAGUUUGAUGAACGUGUGAAAAAGUUGCAAAUAAGCUCGGACGAUGAUCUGGACGAGAUCGAUGGACCGUUAACCAAAAGUGAAUCGAGCGACGAACUAACGCAGCAUAUGAAUAAUAAUAACAAUAACAAUUUAAACAAUCACAGUAACUACAGCAGCAGCAGCAACAACGACGACUCAAUGAACGAACGAAAUGUGCAAAGCCAAAAGAUGAGCAAUCAAUCUAACGGCGAACCUAAUGAGAAAUUGGGUACUUUUACCAAUACCAUCAGCUCGGAUGAGUUUCAGGCGUAUCUCGAGCGUAAGGGAUUGGCUUUGAUGCCCAAGCGUGAGCUCCUAAUGUCCAGUCCAUCGUCACCCUCGUCAACAACAACGCCGACACUGACACCCUCACCAUUGCCCUAUUCGAACGAAUCGCCGCUUGUGGCUUUGCGUAAAAGUAAUAGUAAAAAGUUAUCAGUGCUGCAACGGCUAUCAAAUAGUUUGUUUCCCACAACGCGACGGAAGGCAAUUAUAAUGCCAAAAGAAAUGACAACUCAACCCCAGCCAAGAGCGAUCUAUAAUGGCAAUAAAAUUGAGCAGGGAACACCAUUGGAAAUACGGCGACGUCUACUGUUGGAAGGACAAACAAAAACGACAGCUGCACCGCAGCAGCAGCAGCAGCUACAGCAACAGCAACAACAACAACAAUUGGAGCAUAAUCAGAUGACACCAAUUGAACUGAGACGUCGUCAACCAGUAGAGCAUUCCACAAAAAGAUCCAUACCAAAGGCGACAGUUCCACAAAAGCGAAUGCUUUAUAAUGCCGAAAAUGAUGAGAUCCGACGACUUCUCUUAGAACGUUCGAACAAGUUAUCCAGUGUACCCCAGCAGCAGCAACAACAACAACAACGGACAAAUUAUAGCACUAGCGAUAAUGAAGGACGAAUACUCCUUGAGCGUUCUUUGAAUCAACAACAACAACCGAAUCAAAUGGGUCGACGAUCAAUAGCCGAAGGAUUCCAACGGAAUACUUUGGAACGUCAAAGUUUGAUACCAUUACCAAGGCGUGGCAUCUCGCCUGAUGUUUCGAUGAACCGAUUCAAUCGUUCAGCCUCAAUGGAUAGAAAUCAAAUAAAGGUAUUGAGUCGCCAGCAACAACAGCAACAAGCACAGCCCCAACCUAUGGCCACAUCGACGCCCGUCAAGGAGCAACAAAGUCAAAAUGACUGGGAGAAAUUGCGGGCCAUUAAAGAGGUGACCGAUCGUCAAUUGUAUCAUAAGGUACUCCAGCAGCAACAACAACAACAGCAGCAGCAGCAGCAGCAGCACCAACAACAACAACAACAACAAAUAAGUGAGGAAAAUAUAUACGAGCAUUUGCCUGCUCCAACAGGAUAUUUUAUACGUGGUUCAGCUCAACGGAAUACAUUCUCCGGUAUUGCAAAUACGGCUGCUCCAGCUGCUGCUCCUAAUGGUGCUGGUCAUCGAAAUAGACAAGUGAUGAUACUUGAUGGCACACCAAUUAUCCAUUCAGCCAAACAAUUGCAACAGCAGCAGCAGCAACAAUUGCAACACAUACCAGCCCGUUCGCAGAGUGUCUUGGAUGACAUGAUUCCAACACGUCGCGGCUAUGAGAGUGAAACUGAAAUGCCACCAGUUGUAAUGAGACGAAAGGAUGGCAAUGGCAAUGGAAAUGGCACUAACGGUAAUGCCACAACAAAUCGUCGAAUCGGUGGUCUACUGACACGUGAGGAAAUUCUCGAAAAGGUGAAAGAAUUCUGUCGUAAAUCAAUCAAUCGAACGCCUAGUAAAAUGCAACCAAUUUAUGAGAAGCAACAACAACAUCAUACGCAUGCCGAAAUUUCACCCGUCUCGUAUGCAUCGGUGGAACGUCCGUUGGUCCCGCUGCGUGUUCAGAGUCUACCACAGGGUCAGACACCGAUCUAUGCACACGUGAAUAAGCGUAAUAGCCUACUAUCGAAUGAAUCGGAGCAAUAUCUAUCCACUCAACAAUUACCCCAGUAUGUGCUUGUCGAAACUGAAGAUGGCGGCAUACAGGCAGCUAAAUUAUUGGAUUAUCCAAACAAUAGCAGCAUCUACAACUUGCAGCACCAGCAGCAGCAGCAGCAGCAACAACUUCAGCAAUUUAUGCGCACAUCAGGGGGUUAUAUACGAUCAGAUGGUCGAACCACUCCAUUGAUAUUGGAUCGAGGUAACAGCAGCAGCAGCAACAAUGCAGGCCAACAGCAGGCCAGUCAAAUCUAUUGGACGCCACAGCAUCAGCGACUGCAGCAACACUAUCAACAGCAAUCAAAUCUAAUGACUAUUCCUCGCUAUUCGGCAGCAGCAGCAGCCACGGCAGCUAAUUUUGAUCGAGGCUAUCCUAUACCAGCUCCUAGAUUGAACACUAAUGGUCAUAUACCAUAUGGCCAUGUUGUUGUUCCGGCGCCUAGAAAACUUCUAACGCAGCAACAGCAGAGACAACUACAACUGCAACAACAACAACAACAACAUCAGCAGCCACUGGCGAUGCGACAGUUUGCCACAUCCUCGGAUUGGGAAUGCGGUUCAGAGGCUGCUGGUGAAAUUCGUCGCAUAUUGGAGAAGCCAUUAUAAUUGGACAACAACAAAGAACCCAUACACAAUACACACACACACGAACAACUUAAAUAACAACAAAAGAAACGAGGAGAAGUCACCAUG